AUGCGAGGCAGUUCUCCUAGGAGGGCUGACCCUACUGAGCUGAAAGCCAUUUUUGAAAAGUAUGCCAGCGUCAAGAAGAAUGAUGAGCUCCUGUCACCGCAGGACUUUGUGAGCAGUUUUCUUCAUGCCCAACACGACAUCCGGCUGUCAGAUGAGGCUACAAAGCUGCUGGCUGGAGUUGUGGACAGACGAAAGAUGGGUUUGUUGAUCUCCUUUCAGGAGUUUGUCGCAUUUGAGUCAGUGCUGUGUGCCCCAGAUUCCCUCUUCAUGGUAGCCUUCCUGCUGUUUGAUAAAACAGGCAAUGGAAUGACCACUUUUGAGGAUGUGAAGCAGGUCUUCAGCCAGACCACUAUUCUUCAGCACAUCCCGUUUAACUGGGACUGUGAGUUCAUACGGCUGCAUUUUGGGACGGAGAGGGACAAGCAGCUCAGCUAUGAAGAGUUCACUCAGUUCCUUCUGGAGAUGCAGCUGGAACAUGCGCGGCAGGCUUUUAUCCAGCGGGACCAAGCCCACAGCGGCUCCAUCUCGGCCCUGGACUUCAGGGACAUCAUGGUCACCAUCCGGCCACACAUGCUCACGCCCUUUGUGGAGGAAUGCCUUGUGGCGGUUGCGGGUGGCAGCACAUCUCACCAGGUCAGCUUUUCAUACUUCAAUGGAUUCAACUCACUUCUCAACAACAUGGAGCUGAUCAGGAAGAUCUACAGCACUCUUGCCGGCCACCGUAGAGAUGUGGAAGUCACCAAAGAGGAGUUCAUCGUAGCAGCUCAGAGGUUUGGCCAAGUGACACCCAUGGAGGUCAACAUCCUCUUUCAACUGGCGGACCUGGUAGAGCCCCGUGGACGUGUUGGUUUAAUGGACAUUGAGAUGAUCGCCCCGCUGGAGGAAGGCGCCCUGCCCUACAACUUGGCUGAAGUCCAGAGACAGCAGUUGGGCAGUGACGGCUCCCGCCCCGUCCUGAUCCAGGUGGCAGAGUCGGUCUACAGGUUCGCCCUUGGCUCAGUGGCAGGGGCCGUGGGUGCCACAGCGGUGUACCCCAUUGAUUUGGUGAAGACACGGAUGCAGAACCAGAGGAGCAGUGGGUCCCUGGUGGGAGAGCUCAUGUACAAGAACAGCUUUGACUGCUUCAAGAAAGUGGUGCGCUACGAAGGCUUCUUUGGCCUUUACAGAGGUUAGUAUCAAGGUUAUAAUAGUUUUGUCUUGGUACCACAGCUACUGGGUGUGGCGCCCGAGAAAGCCAAUAAAGUGAAUGACUUCGUGCGAGGAAAGACCAGACAGAAAGAUGGCACAGUUCCCCUGGCAGCUGAAAUCCUGGCUGGUGGAUGUGCUGGCGGCUCUCAGGUCAUCUUCACCAACCCCCUGGAGAUAGUAAAGAUCCGUCUGCAGGUGGCAGGAGAGAUCACUACGGGGCCCAGGGUCAGCGCUUUAUCAGUCAUCAGGGACCUUGGCUUUUUUGGACUUUAUAAGGGUUCCAAGGCUUGUUUCCUGCGAGACAUCCCCUUCUCAGCCAUCUACUUCCCCUGCUACGCCCACACCAAGGCUUACCUCACCGAGGACGACGGGACGAUAGGACCGGCAAAGAUGCUUUUUGCAGGAGCUUUGGCAGGCAUGCCAGCAGCCUCUCUGGUCACCCCGGCAGAUGUGAUCAAGACCAGGCUGCAGGUGGCGGCGAGGGCUGGUCAGACCACCUACAGCGGGCUGACGGACUGCUUCUGGAAAAUCCUCAGAGAAGAAGGGCCUCGGGCGUUUUGGAAAGGAGCCGGAGCUCGGGUGUUCCGGUCGUCGCCUCAGUUCGGAGUGACCCUGGUGACCUACGAACUGCUGCAACGCUGGUUCUACAUCGACUUUGGAGGACAAAAGCCAGCUGGCUCCGAGCCCACCCCCAAGUCUCGGAUCAGCCUCCCGGCGCCCAACCCCGACCACAUCGGAGGUUUCAGGUUGGCCGUGGCCACGUUCGCUGGCAUCGAGAGCAAGUUUGGACUCCAUCUCCCGCGCUACACGGUGGCGGCGGCGGCGGAGGCCCCUUCCGCCGCCAGCCCCCCUUGAACCACUCACAUCAGCGAUAGAAAGGUGUGCGUGUGGGAGGGUUCGUACAUAAAAGCACUUAAAGACACCAAUUAGUCCAUUAUUUGUAGACGUAUUAUGAUGUAGCAGUAUUUAUUUGUCUCUCCUAUAAUUUUUUUUUUUUUGGGAAGAAUUGACCUCAUUCAGGUGCAGCUUUCACAGUGUCUUCCUCCCGUUGCUUUAAUUCCAAAGCACAUACGAGCAAACAGCUAAAACUAGACUGUUAAUGUGACUCCUUUACAUAUAUAACAAAUCCAGAGACGUAUUUUCAUAUAUAGUUACAGCAUUUUUUUUUUUUUUUUUUUUUUUUUUUUUUUUUGGAGUUGCUCUUUCAAUCGUGUGCUGAUUUGACCAAAUGUAACAACGAAACUACGAUCCAAAAAAACAUACUUGAAUGUAAAAAGCAGCGGCGUUCCGGCUGCACACGAUGUUUACUGUUCGGAGACGUCGGGGUUGGGGUCUAAACGUAUGCAGAUGUGCGACCGUGACAGAGCUGCGUUUGUGUACGGUAGUGUGUCACGACGCAGUGUUUCAGUUUGUGCAGAGCGUAGGGUGUAAUACUGGUGCCUUACUGUACGUACGGCAGCAACAUGUCAACUGAGAGUAAAGACAAAACUAUAUUAGUA